AUGUUGAUUUUUUUGUGGUUAUCGUACUUAACAGCCACCAUCGUGGCAGGGUCCCCUCUAGCGGACCAGUACCCUCUUCGAGAACAGAACGAUGUUGCGACCACUGAUCACAUCUCGAACGGCCUCUUCGCAUCCCUCGAGCGUCUCUCCCGCCUAGUUGAUAUAACUUACUGCGUCGGCACCACUGGUAUCACGCCGCCUUUUUCCUGUGCAUCUCGAUGCAAAGAAUUCCCAACCCUAGAUCUUGUUACGACAUGGAACACUGGAGUUUUGAUGAGCGAUAGCUGUGGCUAUAUCGCUAUAGAUCAUGGGACGUCGCCAAGCGGGACUGGUAACAGAAGCCAAGGGGCAAUCGUUGUCGCAUUUCGUGGUACCUAUAGUAUAACGAAUACCGUUAUAGACCUAAGCACGAUUCCCCAGGAAUAUGUUCCAUACCCAUCGCCAGAUCAAGGAGGAUCUGAACCGCCUAAAGAAUCAAAACAUACUUGCAAGAAUUGCACAGUUCACAUGGGUUUCUUGGCAUCGUGGAGGAUAGCCCGGACUGUUGUUCUGCCAGCACUUGAACCAUUACACGAACAACAUCCUAACUACCCGAUUUACCUUGUCGGCCAUAGCUUAGGUGGCGCCGUCGCAGCGCUUGCAGCAUUGGAACUCAAAGUCGUUUCUGGUUGGGAUAACAUUGUUGUGACAACUUUUGGCGAGCCGCGGGUUGGAAACGAUGGAUUCGUCAAAUACCUUGAUUCGGUUUUCGAUCUUGUCGGUAUAGGAAAGCAAUACGAGGCACAAACAUAUCGACGGGUAACACACGUGGACGACCCCGUACCGUUGCUUCCACUUUCGGAGUGGGGAUAUAGAUCUCACGCCGGCGAACUUUUUAUUACCAAAUCGAAUUUACCUCCCGAGCCUUCGGAUAUUCAGCCGUGUAUAGGGGAUGAAGACUCCAGGUGCAUCGCUGGCUCAGUUGGGGAGCCGCUUAGGACGGUUGGCCAAGCCCUAAUUAAGGAACGAGAACAUGAUGCUAUUAUGUGGACUAGUGGACUCUGGGAUAUUCCUAGCCGGUUUAAAUUGUGGCAAUUGUUCUUUGCGCAUCGAGACUACUUCUGGAGAUUGGGUUUGUGUGUUCCCGGGGGGGAUCCUAUUGAUUGGGGCAGGGACAAAUAUCCUAAUUUCACUACUAGUGAUGAGCUAUGA